CCAUCAUGAAGCCCACCAGCACCGCCAUCUUCUGUGCUAUAUCACUGUGCGCCAUUGCCAUGACAGUCGGCCAAGCACAUCCUGCAGUCAUCGUCGGCGGCGGAUCGUACGGAUGCAACUGCCCCACAUUAAACGUGCUGGCUGCAAGGCAAUGCUGUGCCACACUGCGAACUUGCUGUCUCGGGGCAGGAAUGGGCUUUGGUUCUUACGGUGGGCAUCUUGGAGGGCACCUUGGCGGCGUUGGAUUCGGUGCCGGAUUACCGGUUGUCCCGUACGGUCCCCUUGGACUGGGCAUGCGCAGGCCUAUGCUCGCCCCCACUCCAUUGGCUCACGGUGGCCUACAGCUCAACAUUGGCGCUGGACUGGGAUGACCAGAGCAUAUAUUGCGGAACAUUGGCGCUAGACUGAGAUGGAGCGAACCGACAUUCUUCAGCAAUAAAACCAAUUGAA